AUGGGUUUUGAGAGGUUGGUUUCUUUCAACGGAGGGAGCAUACAGACCACUGUGACAAAUGUGAAGUGGAGCGUUGAAAACCUUCUACGGUCUUUCUUGGAUAAUCAUUCUAACCAAAUGAAGAUCAUUGGGUUGGAUACCGAGUGGGUUCUAUCUCAAGGUGAGGAAUCCAAAUGUGCAACUUUGAAUCUUUGUGAUGGACGUUCAUGUCUUAUCAUUCAGCUACAACGUUUACCUUCCAUUCCCUGUUCCCUGCUCAAUUUUCUUCGUCGUCCGGAUUUCACCUUCGUUGGUCUUGGCAUCAAAGAUAAUUUGGCCAAGUUGGAGAAAGACUUCGGGAUUGGAUGCAGAAAUGCUGUGGAACUGGGACAAUUGGCUUCGGCUGUCAAAGGUGACCCUCGUUUGAGCUUUUGCGGCUUAGAUGAACUAGUUCAUGCUGUUCGUACGGAUUUUGAACCUCAAAAUUGGCCUUCAUGUGCGAUGUUUAAGGAUUGGGGUCAAAUGAACCUCAGCAUAGAACAAGCUGAAUUUGCUGCCAUUAAUGUAUACUCCUAUCACUAUAUUGGGAGGCAGUUGCUUAGUCGUUAA